AUGGCACCAACGAGCAGUUUCGAGCUUUCGGACAUUGUCACAAUCAACAUUUCCAACUCACAGAACGAUACCGUCUCGUUCGAGCGUAAAUACAGCCGUGCGUUAAAGAUUUACGAGUUUAAGGGAAAGCUAGAACCAAUUACCGGUGGAAAUGCGGGCACCAUGAGGCUAGAGCUGUACAGUGGCGACAAGCUGGUAGCCAAGCUGGACGAUGACGGUCAGCCGCUCGGCAGCUAUCCGAUCGAGGACGGUAUGCGGGUGCACGUUGUCGAUCAGUUCCAGUGCAUGCAGGACAACGUGCCCAAGUUCGAGCUGUCCCAGGAGGAGUACGACAAGAAGGCGGACAGCUUGCGCAGCUUCCUGAAGAAGAACAAGCUCGGCAAAUACAACGAGGAGGAGAUGGCCAAGCAGGAGGAGGAUCGGAAGCGGCAAGAGGAGGAAGAUCGCCAAAAGCUGGAAGCAACCACGAUUGGGGCCCGGUGCCGGGUGACGGCGAAAAACAAUCCCGUACGGCUCGGUACCGUCAUGUACAAGGGACCGCUCGAUGGGAAAACGGGCGUAUUCAUUGGAGUCAAGUUUGAUGAACCGCUCGGCGUGAACGAUGGCAGUGCGGCUGGGAAGCGGUACUUCGAGUGUGGCCCGAAGUACGGCAGCUUCGUUACACCGAAAGCGGUUGAGGUGGGCGAUUUUCCACCGGAAGAGUUUUCCCUCGAUGAUGAGCUGUAA